GUCACGUGGCGAGUUUCCCACCAUCCUUUUCGCGCAGACGAAGCCCUAAAGCAGACUACACGGAAAGAUUUUGCUUUUGUGCGCUGGGUAAUAGCCAGUGCACCGUUUGGUACUUGUAUGAAAUUUCACGGAAUGUUUUCGAGGGUUACUUUUUAUCCCUCGUUAAUAUAUAAUGUCGUCAUGGAGCGUGUGUCAACGAGGCGGUGGUACGACCGCAUUGAUGAUACCGUUAUCCUCGGAGCACUGCCUUUCCGGAGCAUCACGCCAAAGUUACUCGAAGAAGAAAACGUGCGAGGGGUCGUGUCAAUGAACGAAGACUUCGAGCUACGAUAUUGGGUCACGAGCAAGGAAGAGUGGGAGAAAUGUGGCGUCAAGUUCCUCCAGUUGAGCACUACGGACAUCUUUGAGACACCCUGUCAAGAAAAGCUCCAACGCGGUGUGCAGUUCAUCCAAAGUUUUGAAGGCACGGGCCACUCCGUCUACGUUCAUUGCAAGGCUGGCAGGACACGCAGUGCGACACUUGUUGGCUGCUACCUGAUGCAGAGGUACCAGUGGACGCCACAAAAGACCGUGGAUCUCCUGCGUCAGAAACGACCCCACAUACUGCUGCACUAUGCCCAGUGGGAGGCGCUGCACACUUACUUCAACAAGAAUGUUGCUGCCACUCUGGAAUCAGGCAGCACAAGAUCCAAGAAAUGACCAUCAGAGACAAGGAAGUCGCCUCCAAGAUUUACAGUGUGCCGCAGGCACCACCCAAGUCUUGGAGGUCAUACCAGGGUGUUGCGCUGGUUCUCAACACUCCAGAUUCUCUGUCACUUCCAGUAAGCAGUAAUUGCGGCAUUUUCGUAAGUUUCAGUAUCAAAAAUGUCUGUUCCUGUAAGCUUUUCGUAGUGUGUCCAAUAGUAUUCCAAAUGCAAAUCUCUGUGUGGGGGCUGCUCUAUAUCUAUGCUAUCUCAAACUAGGCUCUUUACAUGGUCUGAUAUUUCGUUGCAGUUGGCUUUUAAGAUGUGAUGUCUAAGAGGUCCUCCGUACAAGAGCCCAUUCAAAGUAACGGACAACACCAUUGUUUGGUGCUGUUGAGACUUUUCUAAUGUGACCAAUCUGAUGUCAUGACACUUGGCCUGCGACGGGGCCAGAAGAUAUGCCCACUUCAUCACUGGCUCUGAUAUUGUGUGGUACAUAGACAUGCAGGAAAAGCAGUGAAAGUGAAUGAUAAGGCCAAGGAAUGGGGCUGAAUACAUGCUGGUUAGGCACUUAUUAGUCCAAAAGUUGUUUGUUGUGCUUUUUUUUUUUUCCUUGUUCUCGAAAUAGCAGGCAGAACUAGAAGUUAAAGAACAGCUACAGGAGGUCCCGUGCACCUUACACCUGACAGUACAGCAUUGUAAGUAGUACAAUUAGUGAGGCGAAAAUGUCUGGGGAAAAAAAAAAUCUGUAAACAAUAAAAGGGAUCGUAUUAUGCAUGUCUUACACAUAGUAUGCAACACAGGUGUUCCAUGGCACUGUGGUGAGAAAGAUGUUGACCACACUUUAUUAAUGUAAAAUGAUAUGGCCUGAAUAACUGUGCUGUAGUUUUUAUUUAUUUAUUUAUUUUCAUAAAGUGCAUGAUGUGGAAGCAUUUUGAGACAGUGUUACAGAUUUUGAU